AUGGACCCUAUCCACGCGGAGAGUAAUCUUUCCUAUCAUGGUCUUCGAACCAAGUCCGCUGGCAACAAUGAGACUGGUGUUAUCAAAGGAAUGCCUCAGACUGACCAAGUGAAAUCUGUGAUUAGAAUCUUUCUUGAAGACAUCAAGUUUGACAGCAGCAGCCCUUUCAUCAAGGACCAUCAAAUGGACGUCGCUGUGUGGCAUUAUUUCAAAGGCCUAAAUCUAGGACAGAAGAUGGAAAAGUCAGUCCAGCGAACGCUUAAGCUCUCUGUGACCUUUACCUAUCAGGCCUACACAGCACUUCCUCUCGGCAUCAGAGUCCUAUGUGUCAUACAAUUUCUAUACAUGUUCCUGGUCGACGAGCUCGGGAAUACCCCACAGAAGUCGCAAGGUUUCAAUGUCAACGGUAAUUCUAGUAUACACUUAUAUAUCAUCUAUGAUUCGAUGGCUGAAUCCUGA